UUCAGCGGACUAACAAAACAGACGCUUUUAGUUUCCAGUGCUCUUUGUCGUUAUCUCGUCGCUCUGAAAGCAAAAACUCAGUCGCGAGUGCAAGUGCAAGACAAGUUGAACCAAAAAUAAAUUGCAAUCUUAAUUAUCCUGUAGUGAAAGGAAGAUGAGCCACCACUGGGGUUACACCGAACAAAAUGGACCCGCUCACUGGGCCAAGGAUUUCCCGCAAGCCUCGGGUCAUCGUCAAUCGCCCGUAAACAUAACCACCUCCAGCGCCAAGAAGGGCAGUGAACUAAAUGUAUCGCCACUCAAGUGGAAGUACGUACCCGAGAACACCAAGAGUUUGGUAAAUCCAGGCUACUGCUGGCGCGUGGAUGUCAACGGCGCUGGUUCCGAGCUCACUGGUGGCCCAUUGGGCGAUCAGAUUUACAAACUGGAGCAGUUCCAUUGCCACUGGGGUUGCACUGAUUCGAAGGGAUCCGAGCACACUGUGGACGGCGUUUCCUAUGCUGGUGAACUGCAUUUAGUUCACUGGAACACCACCAAGUAUGCGACUUUCAACGAAGCGGCUGCCGCCCCAGACGGUCUGGCUGUGCUUGGCGUGUUCCUGAAGGUCGGCAAUCAUCACCCGGAGCUGGAGAAGGUCAGCAGCCUGCUGCCCUUCGUCCUCCACAAGGGCGAUCGGGUGACCCUGCCCAAUGGCUGUGAUCCCGGCAAGCUGUUGCCCCCCAGAGUGCACACCUACUGGACAUACGAGGGCUCCUUGACUACCCCCCCAUGCUCUGAGUCCGUCAUCUGGAUCGUUUUCAAAACGCCCGUUGAGGUCUCCGACGAUCAGAUCAACGCCAUGCGCAACUUGAAUUGCUACGACGUGAAGGAGGAGUGUCCCUGCAAUGAAUUCAACGGCAAGGUCAUCAACAAUUUCCGCCCCACUUUGCCCCUCGGCAAGCGUGAGUUGCGCGAGAUUGGCGGCCAUUAGACCCUGAUAUCUGGACAGUUGGAAAUGGAUUCGAGUCGCUUUAGUAGCUCCUUUGCUUAGCUGGAACUAUGCCAUGGAUCAGUUGUGGGUCCGUUCGUUGUUGUCUCGUUUUAGUUUUUAUCACUUUUAGCAUAUACGUACCUCUACAUAUAUCUGAUCUGAUCUAUAUCUGUAUCUGUAUCUGUAUUCACAAAAUGUAUCUGUGCCUUCGAAGUGCAAUUACACAUACUUAUCAUGUAGCUUUUAACACUUUUGCUAAAUGACAAUUAAUUUAAUACACAUAUGGUAUUACCAAAUAUAACUAAAUUAAAUAUAGAUGUUGCUUAUAAAAAA